AAUGAUAUAACUUUGUAUCGUGUGUCAGGUGCUCCCACUCACCUACUGAUUAACGGAACGAAUCUUCCCGAAUCGGCGACUUUCAGGAGAGUAGAAGUCGUAAAUCUGGAUGGGAAUAUCGUAGAAGAUCUUUAUCUGGAAAGAUUACCAGGAGAAACGGCCUUAUUUAAUGCAUCAACAUUUAUACCACCAAACAAUUAUUUCUAUCUAAAAACAACAGGAGUUGAUGAGAGAGGUUAUCCUUUCCAGCGUAUCACGUCUACGGCAAUAAACGCACAGUUGCCAGAAAUACCUGAGGUUUCCACACGACAUCGAAUAGUCGGGUUAUAUGGUCAAACAGUUGUAAUGAAGUGCUAUGUCCAGUCUUUAGUGCCCUUCGUUGUACAAUGGUUCAAAGAGGACAUUCCAGUCAGCGUGGAUCAACAGUUUCCACAAACUGCCGAGAUAACCCUCGCCGUUCCUGAUGUGACCCUACUCUCCGAGGGACUAUUCUCGUGCAACGCUUCCAAUAUUGCUGGAAGUGCGUCCAGUACAAUAUACUUGGAUGUUGUGGAGCCCCCACCAGUCAUCGCUAAGCCUAACAACAUCAGCGUCACUCCAGGAUCUGUGGCAGUGGUUACGUGUGAUACAUCUAGUCUUGUUGACCAUAACACAACAUGGGACAGGCUGCUCGAUGACGGUACAAGGACUGGAUACUUGCGGUCAGUUCCUAUUAAAGCUGAUUCACGAGUAGAACAACUUGAUAACGACUCCCUGGUGAUCCACCGUGUCGUUCAAGACGAUGAAGGCUGGUAUCGUUGCAUUGCAACUAACGAGGGGGGUUUAUCUCGACAAGAUCUUUACCUCAUUGUCCAAGAUCCCCCAAAAGUGUCUAUAGUUCCAGCCAGCGUUAAUUUCACCACAGGAAGUAAAGUGAAUCUCACGUGCGUUGCUGAAGGGUAUCCAGCUCCUUUUGUUGAAUGGCGUUGGAAUGAGGCCCACGACGAGGAUGUUCAAACAGGUCGCAUUUUCGUCUCGAGGAGCUCUUUGAUAAUACAAGAAGCCCACCAGAGGGAUCAGGGACGGUACCUCUGUGCUGCUAGAAAUCCUGCUGGAUCUGACACAAAGACUGUGCAAGUCCGAUACAUAG